AGAAAGGGAGAGAGACUAUUUCGUUCUGUUUUGUAGUUUUUAUCUGAAGAAGAAGAAGGAAACAGCACUCUCUUCUCUCUUUCUCUGAAUUUUCUGUUUUUCCUUUCUGCCAUAUUCUUUUAAAGAGAAAUAGAAGCAGCGGAGCGUCUUGAUUUUGCUGGAAACAUCUGGAUACAUUAUUCAAAGAGGAAUUGGAGUUGUUUUCAGAAGAAUUUGUUUGGACUGGGAUUUGAGUUUCCUUAGAAAUCUCAUUUUUCUGUCUGAUCCUGAAGCUUUGGAGGGGAGAUUGCAGGAAUUUUCAAGUCGGAGGAUCAGUUUCUGGGUUGGUGAAGAUCGGAUUUGGAAUUCAGACAGAGGAUUAAAGCUCUGAUUUACUUGAAACAGUUCCUAAUUCUGAGGACUAAAGACGAUCAGAACCAUUGUUGAUUCUCGGUUGUUGAUAUGAGUUUUCAAAAUGAAAUCCAAGUGUAUAAAUACAAAUUCAGAUUUUGAGGCCGAUUCGUGUGAUGUGUCAAAACUAAGGUCUCUCUGACAGAGAUUCCAAAGUGGUUGCCAAGAUUUCAUCCAGGAGCAACUUCUUUGAUUACAGAAUUUCAGCAUAAUUUUGAGGUGGAAGUAAAAAAAAAAAAGGGCCAGAAAAGGUAGAGAUAAGGAUGGAGAGGAAUUCGAAUCCUAACCACCACUAUAAUAGUAGCAAUGAGACCAGGUCCCCUGCUACGACGUCGUCUGACUUCGGUUUACAGUGGGGGAGCCGUAAAAGGCUGCGUUGUAUGAAAUUCCAGGCCAAAGUCCGGGACAACGGCAAUAACCGCGACUCCUCCGGGUUGCAGCCGGGCGGUCUGAGAGCUGUGGUCGGGGUUGAUCGGCGGCUAGUAAGAUCGGACCAUAAUAAGGAUUUAUCUCAGCCCAGUGAUGCUAAUAACAACAAUGGGAAUUCCAAUAACGGCGGAAAUGUCUAUUUGAACCUCCGUCAGCGGCCGGCUUCUCCAUCUCACCGAAUUCUUAGGAAUUCCGAUAGUUCACUGGCUAUGAGGGGACAAAGCAACGGGGUGAGGGGUUUGGCUUCCCCGGACAGGGUAGGGGCUGGUGGCCAUGAUAGGAAAGGGGGCAACAACAGCCUUCAUCACCACAGCAAUGGUACCAAGAACAACAGCAACAACAAUAAUGAUAACAGCAACAACAAUAAUGAUAACAGCAAUAAUAUCAAUGGGUCGGCAUCAUCGGAUAGCAAGAAAGGAGGAGGGACUUCAUCCGGGAGUGAUGCGAUCCCUGCUGUUUGGCCGCCUAAGUUCGUGAUCGCCUUGACGAAUAAGGAGAAAGAAGAAGAUUUUAUGGCCAUCAAGGGUUCCAAACUCCCUCAAAGACCCAAGAAAAGAGCUAAGUUCAUCCAACGCACCCUCAAUUUGGUAAGUCCAGGGGCAUGGCUCUGUGAUCUUACACUAGAACGGUACGAGGUUAGGGAGAAAAAGGUGUCAAAAAAGAGACCACGAGGACUAAGGGCUAUGGGAAACAUGGAUUCCGAUUCCGAGUAGAACCCCCCCUUUGGAUUUGAUUGACUUGUAGGUUUCGUGCUAAAAGGUGAUCAUCUGCUGCUGAUAAUCAAUGGGUAAAGAAGGUUAAGCUUUUGUCAAGUGGAGUACGCCAGCGUACUUUUGGCAAGAUUAAUGUGCCCUGUAUUUGAUAAAGUACACUUGGAGAAGAAUCCAAAGCAAAUUCAGUUGGUCUUGAGUAUCUAUCACCUUUCUUUUCCAACUCGGGGAUUUUCUUUUUCUGAUGAGUCAUUAAUCAAGGUUUAAGAGGAAGGUUCGGUUUUUUUUCGUGAAUUUCAUAAUUUUAUAAGAAAUAAUUAAAAAUUAUAUUAUAAAUAUCUUACUUGAUAAGAUUGACGACGAAUACUCUCAAAGUAGACUAGAUUUUCUUAUCAAGUAGGUCGAAUUCGAUUCCAACUAGAUGAACACUGUAUUGAAGUUGGAGUUACUCGUGAGUCCGAAUUGAGUACACCCCUAGCUCAGUUGCCAUAAUUUGGUUUAGCUUGCUCGAUGGAGGAUAGGACCAUUGUGAUGGUUGAGAAGCGAAAUAGAACAACGCUGGAUUUAGUGGCUUAUAUAUAAAUUCCGCUCCUGACACAAAUUGGAAAUUAUGUAUUAGCCCCAUUUAUUGAUCAAGCAUCUUGAUUGAAUACUUUUUCUCAUUCGAAUUUCUAGUUUAAUCAAGCAUUUUUCUUCGCUAAAAUAGGAGUCUUAAUCUGUGUGUUGUUAGACUCGAGUUUCAACUAAAUGCUAGACUCAAUUAAGUCACAUAAUGCUUCACUCCUGUCUGCUAUUGUUUUUAGGCCUACUUGUAAUUAUUGGUACACAUAAAAUUGUCUAAUAGUACUAGUAUUCAUUAGUUACCAAGGGUAAAAACAAAAAAAAAUUGUAGAAUAAUAGGGGAUUUUUUUCCCCGUGUUUUUAAUUACCCCACAAAAAUUAAAAAAUAAUAACGGUGCAAUGAGACAAUUAAGAUUGUAAAUCAAUAAAAGAUAUUUUAACGAAAUAUUAGUGAAGAGAAAUUUAAAAUAAACUGCAACUCUGCAAUAACAUGCUAGAAACAAACCCCUCGAAGAAACUCACAAAAUAAUAAAAAAAAAA